AUGGUUGGACAAUGUGCUCCACGUCUGGACAUGGGGUGCAAACUGCCAUGCCAGAAAGAAUCACCGGACUACGACCUGAUCGCGACCGCAAACCAUCACGGCUCUGUCCACGGGGGGCACUACACGGCCACUGCUAAGAACCGGGUAAGCGGAGACUGGAACCUGUUUAAUGACGAGCGGGUGGAGGGGCUGGAGGCCAACGAGGUGCAGGCGGCAUCGGCUUAUGUGCUCUUCUACACCAAGAUGUCAACGUUGGAAGAGUCGGUACAAGACAACGAGGACGUCGAAGGCGUGCAAGGCCAACAGCAGCAGGGGCCGGAUGGGGCGGGGAAAACCAACGCCACGAGUACCUCCAGCGCAGUCGGCGGCGGCGGCGGGCGGCGGAAUAGGAGGAGCACUAGCCCUGCCGUGAUGGGCGAAGGUUCUUCGGCGUUGUCGGGUGUAGGCGGUGAGGUGGACCCCAAGCCUGGUUCACCGAAGCGGUCGGUGGCCGUGGUGAGGAGGCAAUCCGUUUCAAAGCCCCACAACUGGCCGCAUCUUCACACGGACGAGUUCGAGCCCUCCUUCCAGCCGGCGUUUCAGCCUCCAGGUUCGGCGGGGUUGCGGUUACCGGCCUCGCAGGUGAUGGAGGUGUGUCUACCGGGCGAUGAACCGGGGGUUUCAUCAGCGACAGGGGCCAACAACCGUGGCAGCAGCGGCGGCGGCUCACCAUCAGGAAACGGCAUGCUGACCCGGUCCAUGGCCGAGCACGGCUACGGCAGUCCUCUUUCCCAGGGAAACGAGACAGGAGUAACGCUCCCAGACGUCCACCGUGACUCUCCAACUCGUUCUGCGGGGGGUGGGGUCGCAGACACCGGAGCCCCCGGCGGUUCGAGGCAAAAACACGGAAAUUUACGCGGCGGUGGCGGCGGGGCCGGCGACGGCGACACCGUUUCGGGACGCCCGAGCUAGCAACGAUUGUCGCUCCCCCCCAUUCCCGAGGAUGAUUCCUCGGGCCC